UGGCACCUGCAAUACAUUGAUGGUACUGGCUUAGAGGAUUUUGAGGGCUGUGAACAAGUCUUUUCCAAGUCGAAUCGAGUAGCAUCAAUUACUCGUUACACUUUAAAGUUUCAUUGCAAGCAGACAAUAUUGCAACAUUUUACUCAGUGGAAUUCUGAUAAGUUUGCAGAACUUUGUAAGUACAUAUACUUAAUUUUAUCUUAUAUACAUUCAGUCUAA